AAAUCUACUCUGUACUUGCUGGCGGUUGUACCAAACAAUCGUUCACAUAAAGUUUCGAAUCUUCAAACAGCUUUAGAAAAUAAAAAAUGGCGGCUCCCAUGACAUGGAGGAGACUUGUGUACUCUGUUUACACCCCGGCUCUUUCCGGAAUUUUCUGUAAAAUUUCGGACAGGUUCUUUAGGACACGAGACAGAAGAAGAGGGUCCUCACUGCUGCUCCUGGCACCACUCCUGGCAGAUACAGACCCUCUGGUGUCCAGACCGCCAGGCUCCACUGAGGGCCUCCAAGCUCACUUCCACUGGAUUGCUGACCAUGUGCCAGCAUUCAGGGUUCCAGGGGGACGCAUACACAUCCUCCAGUCCCCCGAUGAGUUCUAUCAGGCUAUGAAGGCACGAAUCAAGACAGCCAGAAGUCGAGUGGUGAUUGCAUCCUUGUAUCUUGGCACAGGACCACUAGAGCAAGAUCUUGUUGAUUGUAUUGAGGAGGCACUCAGAUGCUCUCAGGAAGAAGCUGCUGCUGAUUUAAAAGUGUCUGUACUACUUGACCACACAAGGGGAUCAAGAGGAAAGAAUAACUCUCGAACGAUGCUGUUGCCAUUGCUGCAGCAUUUUCCAGAGCAGAUGAGGGUGUCUUUGUAUCACACUCCAGACCUGCGUGGGCUGCUACGCCUCCUAGUGCCUGAACGCUUCAACGAGACUAUUGGCGUACAGCAUAUCAAAGUUUACCUGUUUGACAACAGUCUCAUCAUCAGUGGAGCUAAUCUGAGCGACUCAUACUUUACUAAUCGUCAGGAUCGUUAUGUGCUGUUGGAGGACUGCCAAGAGGUGGCUGAUUUCUUUGCGGAGUUAGUGGGAGCGGUGGGUGACAUAUCGCUGCAGCUUGCACCUGAUGACAGUGUUCACAUGAUGGAGGGAAUGGUGCACCCUUACAAAGGUAAUCGAGUAGAUUUCUCAAAUUCAGCACAGCAGCGGAUUAUGGGAGUAAUGAAUUCAGCCAGGACACGACAGCAUAUGCUGGAGCUGGAUUCCAUGUCAAAAGUGGAAAGUGGAGAAGAGCAUAGUGACACCUGGGUCUUCCCGCUUGUGCAAAUGAAACCUUUGGGCAUCCAGUUGGAUGAGGUGGUAACACAGAGACUUCUGAGGGAGGCAGAUGGGGACUCCACAGUCUACCUAACAUCAGGCUACUUUAACCUGACACGAACCUACAUGAGACUAGUACUGGGAGCUGCAGCAGAUUACCGCAUCCUCAUGGCCUCGCCAGAGGUCAAUGGAUUUUUUGGGGCCAAAGGGGUGGCAGGUGCCAUUCCCGAAGCUUACAUUCACCUUGCCCAUCAGUUCUAUAGUAAGGUGUGUGAGCUGGGUCAACAAGAUAGGGUCCACCUGCAUGAAUACCAUCGGCCUGACUGGACAUUUCAUGCCAAGGGACUGUGGUACUACCUGGAAGGAAACGACCGUCCCUGUCUGACUCUUAUAGGCUCACCCAAUUUUGGUUACCGCUCUGUGCACAGAGACAUAGAGGCUCAGAUAGCCAUAGUAACAGAAAAUGAUGAACUCCAGACUCAAUUGCAACAGGAGCAAGACAUGUUGUACCAGAGGUCCACAGAAGUGUCAGGCUCCACCUUUAAGCAACCUAACCGUUAUGUGAAGUUAUGGGUGAAGCUGGUCACUCCUCUAAUUAAGAACUUCUUCUGAGAUACCGCAUGCCUAAGUGGGUAGACUUCUUAUAGUCCUUACCAGAAAUGCUUUUACACUGCCCCCUUGUGAUUGUGUUGGAAAACUGAAACGUAACCAUACCACAGGUUUGAUAUGUUGAUAAGGUUUUUAUUCAAAACAAUGAAGGCAUAAAACCAAAUAGCAAAUUAAUUUUACUUGAAAGGGCACAAAAAAUAAACAAUUAAAUAACAGAAUUAUGGAUUAAAUAAAAUCACAAAACGUUUCUUCUCUAUGAAGUUCUGCUGCACUAGACACUGAGAAGCAGUUAUACAGAAGCUAACACCCACUUAGUUGGUUUCUCUUUAGAUUAAAGGUCCAAACAUAGGUGGGCCCACGCAUACGUGUUUUGUACACAGGACACUCAUAUAUGUUCUUUGUCUCCUGGUGGUCCACGGGAAUGGCAUUAAUGAAGAUUACCGGCAUGGAAGGUGUCAACUCCUUUAAAAGGGCAUCAGACUGGAUGUCCCAGCGAGCUCCUGUGAAAAUGUUUCAAACAUUAAUGCUCAUAUUGUUUUAUUUCAAAAGGCCACUGAUGUAAUCCAUGCCAGUGGAUGGCAACCCUGAAUUUAUUAUUAACUGUGUGCUGUUUGUAUUAAAACUCAUGAUCUAUUUCAUAAUUAGCUUGUGGAUUGACCAUGAUGCACAGUCCAAAUUUUAGAAAAAAGAUAUGAGAAUGGGGUGAUGUAGGAAGUGAAGAUGUGAAAUGCAGUCUAAGAAUUUGGGACAUUUGGGGAACCUGAGAAAGUGGAUGGGCUAAAAAUUGAAGGUAUUCUUACAAGCCAAUGACAAGAAAUUACCAAGACCAUGUGACUGACAAACAACUGAUGUCACCAUUUCUUUGCUGUGCAGUUGAUGUUGAAUUUGUUGUGCAAUGUCUAAUGUUGUUAGCAGCUUCAUGUCUAAGACUACAAACUGCAGUCCUAAUCUUAAUUUAAAACAUGAGUUAAUUUUCUAAACAUGAGCUGGAUUAAAGUUACAUUUAGUGUUACUGAUUAUGCUGCAGUUUAUAGCAGGGAAUACAGUUAGUUCCUUCUGUUAGAUCAUGUGAAUCUUAAGAUUUUUAACUAAAUAUUUGCUUCAUUGAACAAUACCCUUCAUAUAGGAAAACACAAAAUAUCACAGCUAGCCUUUAACAUGUUGAUAGGACAUUUGAUUUCAUACAUGGAGGGCUGGUGAAUUUACUACACCUCUGUUAAAAAAUGUGUGAACUUUCAUGUGUUAAUGAAGAGUUGAGCAAAUUUAACACACGCUAAAGUUUGUAGCAUUUGGGGAAGCAAUUUCAGUGUUAGAGUCUGCAAGGUGUCAUUUCAAUACCAAUUUAUAAAUGAUUAUAAAUGUCACAUUGUUGAAGUUUAGCUUGUUUGAAAGAGAGCAAUAUGCAAGUUAUGGAAGUGUUUGAAAGCCAUAUUUUGCCAUUGCUUUUAGCUUUCAGUGUUGAUGUUAUGAUUUUCAGUCUGAGAAUCCUUGAUUUUUGCACCAGUUCAUCUAAACAUCCUUAAAGGUCUGUUAUUUAUAUAUUCUCCAUGCAAUCUAGCCUAAUGUUUUUUGAUUUAUAGAUAGUGUAUUUAAAAUAAAGGCUUGGAUGUGUGUUUAACCUACGUUCCAGUAUUGAGGUCAUAAAACAUGCAUCAUUUCAAAGACUCUUCUCUUCCAAGAAAAGACCAUAGAUAAAAGCACCAUCUCUCCGUGCGCUGGUCAUGUCCUCCCUAUACUUUUUAGUCACCCCUACAGCCAUACACAUCUUGUCGAAAGGCAUUCAUUUUUCCUGGCUGUGGACUGCAUGAUGGCAGUGAGGAAAGAUUAGGGGUUGAAAAAGCCUGCAGCAGGCAUGGCAAAGUCUCCUGUUCCUAUAGAUAUAGUAAAGUAUAACAGGAGAACUUGGAUACAAAUACUUAUGAGGUCAGUAACUUAAUAUUUGGGCUGAAUGUGUAGCAUGUACUGCACAUGACUUGGGGUUUGGUACAACUGGUACAAUAUGCUGGGCCAUUUUGGUAAUGCAAUGGUAGAAGCUUUCAAAUGACAAUUUAUAUGCUAUGGGCUUAAAGUGCCCAUGAAAUCAAAUAUGGGCCAAAGUAAGCUAUAUAUAUAUAUAUAUAUAUAUAUAACAAUGGAAAUUAUUUUGAUGCCAUACCCAUCCAAUCUGUGCCUUAUCAAAUAUUUUAUAAAAUGCUUAUGUCCCAUUCCCAUAAGCAAACUGUAGUUAUGGCUCUACAGUAGCAGCAAUUAGCAUAAAACAUGGGUCAUUCAUGUAGAUUUGGUUGGGCAGCUUACCAUUAAUUCCUCUAUCAAACGGUCCCUUGUGUGUUUAAAAAAUGGUUGGUGUAUGUAUCUAUGUGCUUAUUCCCUCUACAAAAUCACAGGCUGCAAAUGUGAUGAUCUGUGUGCUACAUUGCAGUUGGUAUACACCUACGGUCAUGUGAAAAAAUAAGUAUACCCCAUGACAAACAAAAAUUUGAUCCUCUUUGAAACAGUGCCAAUUAAUAAAGCUGAUACACUUAAAUGAUAAUCAAAUUACAUUUUGUAGUCAUUUUCACAAUUUAAAUUAACAAAAACAGAUCAGUUAUAUGUAAAAAGUAAGUACACCCCUACAUUGAUCACACCUUCAAAUCCAUAUAAUUUGAAUCAGGUGUUCAAGAUUGGGUACCAGUGAUCAGAAACUGCUUAGGGAGUGCAGGUGGAACCUGUCUUAUUUAUAAGUCUUGCAACUGUUGGUGUCAAAGUACAUGCAUCUACAAUCGAAAGAGAUUGCACAAAUUUGACCUGCAUGAGAGGCGUGCCAGGAAAAAGCCUUUGCAA